AAAGCCUCCAGCAGCUUCGUCUUCAUCGAGUCGUCAAACUUUAACCACCAUGAAUCAAGCUCCCAGCACCCAGACACCAGCAGCACCCGUGGAAGCCCCGUACUGGGAACAGCAGAACGGUACUGUCCAGGCCGCCAAGCCGGGUGUAAUGAAGGAUCUCGAGAGUGAAGACGGUUUGACAAGAGGCCAGUGGCAAGUCGGCUUCUGGGAUUGCUUCACGACUCUCAUGCCCAACUGCUUCAUGGUCACGUUCUGCUCGUGCGUCUCGGUGGCUCAGAUUUCAGCACGUCUUGGUGUUACCACGUACUCGAAGGCCCUUAUCACCUGCUUGGUGAUCAUCCUCGCGGAGUAUGUGACUAGCGGUAUCGCCGCGAGAGCAGCUUCCAGCAGCUACACAGUCGAGACGAACUACACCACGGAUGGAACGUCGUACACGUAUUCGACUAGCAGCGAUUCUGGGGCUGCAGUUAUCGUGUACCGAGGAGUCACGAUUAUGGUCCAUGUGCUGUUUGCUCUGUUCGUGAUGCACCUGCGCACGACGACUCGCGAGCGCUUCCAGAUCCCCGGCAGCACUCGCAACGACUUCUUCGCUGGUUUCUGCUGCUCCUGCUGUGCUCUCGCCCAAAUGGCGACCCACGUCAAGAGCUACACACCUGGAAGCUGCGAGUUUGGCCAGGUGGCGGCCACGCUGCCUCCUUACACGAAGUAGACGGGAAUGGUACACGUGCAUGCACU